ACCGUACACAUGCUGCAUGCACGCAUGAGUCAUGACCAUACCGCGUCCCUGCGACACCAGGAAAAGGCGAAUGAUUUCUGCAGGUUUAAGCUGCAACAACAGGACCAAAGCCUGAUGGAACUUGCCCAACCCCCAGCAUCAAGGCGGGGAACAAGGGCAAGUCGACCUCGCGUGAAAACUGGAUGCGGCAUUUGCCGCGACGCAUCAAGUGCGAUGAGCUACGCCCGGCAUGCGCAAGAUGCGUUCGCUCAGGUUGGAAAUGCGACGGCUACCCAAGUACGACACCCAGUUCAGCUGCACGGGCGGCCCUGUCUCGUUCCGGACCCUCCUUGGACAUCAGCGCCUACUCCAUCCCAUUCCAGGUCCCGGGAAGCAAGCGGGAUCGUGAGCUAUUCCAUUACUUUUGCACGCAGGCUGCGAGCGACCUUUCUGGGUUUGUGAGCUCCCAAUUCUGGACCAAGACGGUUCUUCAGACCAGCCACCAUGAGCCUCUAGUGCGUCAGGUUCUGCUGGCCUUGAGUUCGUUGCAUCUCGAUUACAUCUCUUCCGAUACCCUUGAUUCGCAAAUCGCCUCGACAUUCACGAUGGAACAGUAUGGGAAGGCCAUCAGGAAUCUGCAAAAACGAAUAAGAAACAGCCCCUCCCCGGACGUGGUGAGAAUUGUUUCCAUUUGCAGCAUCCUGCUGUAUUCGUUUGAGAGCAUGCUGGGCAACAGCCAAUCCGCCCUCAGCCAGCUUGAGGGAGGCUUGUCGCUCCUGAAGUCCAUCCAAGCCAACAACUACCGAGAGCUACCAGAAAGCGAAGACAUUGUGGAUAUAUUCGCACGCCUCGACAUUCAAGCUACAAUGUUCGAUGACAGCCACCUUCCCACUCUGGUCCUGACAACAAGCCAAGAACGACAAGCCAUGACAGUGGAGACCUCGAACAUUCCUUUCGACACAACAGAGGCUGCCCAAAGGGAACUGAUAAAGCUUCAGAAUUGGCUCUUUCACCUCCUCAUCAGCAACGUAUGGUGCAAAGAGAUGCCGAUUGACUGUGUUCCCCCAGAUGUAUUGUUGGAGAAAGAUCUCCUUGACCAGAAACUUCGGCUGUGGUAUGACAAGAGUACUGCGCUGCUUUCCCGGAGUCAAGCAGCCGCUCGCGGGCCAAACGCUGGCCUGUCCAUCCUCUUGAUCCAUUACCAUGUCUCGCGCAUGCUACUCGCCUCAAGCCUCCCAGAAAACAGGGCUGUAUUCGGAUCCUCGCCCAAUGCUCAGGCCAAGGAGGUGGUGGAAAUGGCCGAAAGCAUUCUCCAUUAUGCACAGCAGAAUAAUAGCAACGCAACGACCGCCCGGAACCCUCGUCGUAACUUUUCUGCCGAGGCAGGAGUCAUUGCGCCUCUCGCUCUGCUCGUCUUCAAAUGCGCCGACCCUUCCAUCGUCCAGAGGGCUACUCGUGUCCUUGGCCUCCUGCAACGCCAGGAGGGUCUGUACGACACAAGGUCUUUGCUGUCAGCUGCACAGCAGCUCAACGAAUACAAGGACAAAAGACAGCUGGAUCCACAGGCGGUGCUCGAAGAUGCCCCGCUGCCAUUGGAGUACUCGGUCCUGGACGUUGCCGAGGGAGCGCAAGCUCUAAUGGAGGCAAACUAUAAGCUUGUCCCUCCAACCUUCCUACCUGUCCCAGAGCUAGUGUGACACAUCAAGACAGCGGAUAGGGUGGAGAGGCAGCUAUGUCCUUUUCCUGUGCCCACACAAAGUUCUUGUUGAAUACAGUAACUCAAUUAUUAGUGAAAGUCGGCGGAGCGACCGCAACGCGAACAGGUCUAUGGA